CUAAAAAAAGUUGUGUUAGAACUCGAAAUAAAAAGUAUUGAAUCUAUUGAGGUGCAAUCUUCAAAUAUUGUAGAAUAUAAUGAGGACUUAGAACUAUAUAAUGUUCAUAAUAUUGAAAUAGAAAGUAAAAAUAAUAGUGAACCUAUUGAAAAAUGA